AAAAUUAGACCCCUUGCCGACACUCGAACCAAACUAACCGAAAGAUCAAAGAUAUUUGGUGGUGUUUUCAAAGAUGAGGACUGAAUCCAAUCUAGUGUCGAGUUUAUGGAGCCGCUAAGUGCAGAGUCUUGUUCACUUAUCGCUGUGAUUGGGGAAACGUGCGAUUUUCGACUUGUCUUAUGACAAGCGUUGAUUCUGUGACUGUGACAACAGAUUCACCGCCAAAUGGCUCGCUUCAACUGUGUUUGGCUGGCUUUUAUUGUACAUUUAUGCCUGUGGUUUUUCAAGCAAGUGGACUGCAGAGUUAUUAAUAUUUAUUCAUCGACGGAGCCAGAAAGUGUUUUAGCUAAUUUAAGUCGAACUGGCUGGACGAAUUAUGCUAUCGAAACUUCAACCAUUGACAUUCAAACAACUCUUCAAGUUCUCUCUAUUGAUUCAACAAAUGGCUUAGUGCGUAUGAUUCAUAGACCAAACUGCGGGUUUCUACAGCUUAAUCCGUUCACAGUUUAUGUAGAGUCGUCUUCUAUUUAUAAUUCUUCCGAAAGGGUUUUAAGACCACUGACUGUGUCUGUAUUUGGCGAAAAUUGCUUUAGAAAAUCACAACGAAAUCUGCCGCGGACAGCUCCGAUCGGAACCCGUGUCCUGCGACUCAGAGACAUCAUUCUUCACACGGGAGAACCACUCAUGAAUCCAACAUCGCUUAAACUUAGGAAAACGCCUUGGAGAAAGUAUUUUAGAAUUGGCGCCAAAUCGGAUUAUCUAGUUCUUCGAAGAUCUCUUCGUGAACUUCAAGACCGAGUGCUAGUGGUGGAUUUAGUAUUUCCGGAAAACGCGAAACAUGGACGAAGAAAUAAACAACCUCUUGUUGCCCGAGUUAAGUUGUUUAUUGAUAAUCACGCUAAUCGUUUUGACAAGAACGUACGGCGAUUUCGUCGGAGGAUACAACAAACGGCUCCACGAUUCUCCAGUUCUUAUUUAACGGCUCACAUAGGAGAAGAUGCUGAUGUAGGAACGAGUGUAAGUUCCAUUCGAGCGGAAGAUACGAACAAUGGCAAUGCUGGGAAAAUUAGAUACAAUAUGGAGGCGUCGCAAAAUCUGCUCAGCCAGUCCUUUUUCCAGAUCGACGCUGACAGCGGGUUAAUUAAAACUACUGCUUCACUGGAUCGCGAAAAAAUGCCGAUGCAUUAUUUUCGGGUGAAAGCCGAGUACGAACAGCACAAGUCGUUAUACGCCGAGGCAGAUCUGACGAUUAUUGUUGACGAUGUUAAUGAUAAUGCACCAAAGUUUGAAGCCUCCUCCUACAGUAAGUCUAUACCAGAGGAUAUUUUCGUCGGUGAUACCGUUCUUGAUGUCCGUGCUCGUGAUCUGGACACUGGCUCAAAUGCAGAUAUCCAAUACAGCAUCAGUAACAAUGGAGGUGUAAAUAGUGUCUUUCGUAUCGGCCAGAGCACUGGGUCUAUAACUGUAGACAGAGCACUGGACCGUGAGAGUGUCCAGGAGUACUCUCUUACAAUCCAGGCAAGCGAUGGUGGUUCCCCACCUAAAACUGACACAGCUACUGUUCGAAUAACAGUGACGGAUGUAAACGACUGUGUGCCGCAGUUUUCAAAGAGAGAGUACACGGCCAAAAUUCCUGAAAACACUAAACCUGGUCAACUUGUGUUGACAGUAAGCGCAUCAGACAAUGACCUUGGCAGCAAUGCUGUGGUCGUUUACAGCUUCAGUAGUGGUAAUGAUCAGGGACUUUUUUCCAUUAAUCGCCUCAAUGGACAGAUCAAAGUGAGUAAGGAACUUAAUUACGAGUACCUUCCUGUGCAUAUGCUAUUUGUUACGGCACAAGACAAAGGUGAAUAUCCAAAUUAUAAUGAAACUUCAGUGGAGAUAUAUCUUGAGGAUGUGAAUGACAAUGCUCCACAGUUUGUCAGUUCAGAGUUUCAAGAGUUGGUCUCAGAGCGUGAAAAUGUUGGACACACCUUCACUCGUGUCCAGGCCUUUGACGACGAUGAUGGCACAAAUAAGCAGAUUGUUUACAGUGUAGUGGAGUCUAACUUGCCGUUCGGCAUUAACCAGGACUCUGGCGACUUGUACCUCACCAGGAAAUUAGAUCGUGAGGUGGUCAAUCGUUAUGUUUUUCAUGUCAAGGCUGAGGAUAAAGGAAAACCUCCUUUAAGCAAUCGAGCAAGAGUGACUGUAAAUGUUGGUGACAUUAAUGAUAACCCACCGAAAUUCUCAAAGCCAGUUUAUUAUGAAUCUGUAGAGGAAAAUGCGAGGUUUGGGACAACCAUUCUGCGUGUCACAGCUACUGAUCCUGAUCUGGGUCAAAGCAACAUCAUGUAUACCUUUGAUCAAAAUUCAAGGUGUUUUAGAAUAUCUGGUAACACCGGUGUUAUAACCCUUUCAUGCCGCCUGGAUUAUGGUAAGACUAAGUUCUAUUCCUUGACUGUCAAGGCAAGGGAUAACCAAUUGGAGAGCUCUGCUUUAGUGCGUAUCAACGUGACAGAUUCAAACACCCACAAGCCCAUUUUCCAGCAAAGAAUUUAUCGACAAAGGAUUAGCGAGGCUACUGCAGUGGGAGGCAGGGUUCUUGUAGUCAAGGCAACUGAUAAUGAUCAAGGCUUGAACGCUAAACUCACUUAUGCUAUUAGGCAGUCACAACAAGAUUUCACAAUCAAUCCUAAAACAGGCGAGAUAACUGUUGCACAAACCUUGGAUCGUGAAACAUCAGCUCAGUACAGGUUCGAAGUGAUUGCAACAGAUCAGGGUACUCCGCAAUUAUCUGGAACUGCAAAUGUGCAUAUUACAGUGACAGAUGUAAAUGACAACAAACCAAGAUUUUUGCAGUCCAACUAUGGGAAAUCAAUUUUCGAAAAUGUACGCCCAGGUACUAGAGUGUUGCAAGUGUCUGCUGUUGAUGAUGACGAGGGCUCCAACAAGGCUAUCAUCUACUCUUUUGCUAGAGAUGGUGAUGGUGACGGAGCUUUCCAGAUUGACAGCACUCAAGGAGUAAUAAGAACAUUGUUGUCACUUGAUCGUGAAACAAUUCCAGAAUAUGAGUUGACUGUGGUUGCUUCUGAUAAAGGACGACCAUCAAUGAAGUCGUCUGUGAAGGUCAAGAUCACGCUAAAAGAUGUUCGUGACAGUAAGCCAAAAUUCGAAAAAGAUCCGUACAUUGUGUUUCUCAAUGAGGAUGCAAAAGAGCGGUCUGAUGUUGUGAGAGUCAAAGCUGUGUCCCAAGAUCUUGUUCAGGGGGGUGCAAUAACAUACAGCAUUGUUUCAGGAAAUGAUCCAUUGAUGUUCGUCAUUCAGCGGGAUGGUUUGAUCCAGACUAGAACAAAGUUAGACUAUGAAACAAAGUCUGAAUACAUCCUUAAAGUUCGAGCAACAUCCUCGCCAUUCUUUGUGGACACAAUAGUAAAUGUAACAUUAAUAGAUGUUAAUGACAAUCAACCUGUACUCCAGAAUUUCUUCAUGGUGAUCAAUGUUAAGGAUGAUAACUUCCCAAAACAGCCAAACUUUAAAAUCCCUGCGUACGAUCCAGAUGUAUCUGAUCGUCUUUUGUAUCAGAUCCAGUCUGUCACUCAAGGCGACUGGGUAUUUCUAAACAGAACAACAGGCGAACUUGUGAUAAGUCCCACUGUACUUAAUACCGGGAAACCAGUUACAAUGGUUGUGCAAGUUUCUGAUGGAAAAUACUCUGCCAGGGCCAGUGGACGGAUAUUAGUAACAUCUGUUACACCCCAGAUGUUGAACAGCAGUUUAACCCUUGAUAUCUACGAUGCGACAAUUAGAGGAUUCUUCGACUCAUCUUAUGAGGAACUUGUUGAGGGUAUCGCAAAUGUUGUGAAUUGUGAUCCGACGCAGGUCACAUUGUUUGACAUCGAAUCCAAGAUUAUUAAGGCUCAGACUCGAUUUGAGGAUGAUAUUUCUAAACUGAAGAUCUGGCUCACUAUUUACAAGGUUGACAUCAGUGGUAACCGCUUUGGCUUUUACGACCCUCAGUAUGUUAGAGAUUUGAUCUACUUAAAUAUGGUGCAGAUUGCCAAAAAAGCCAAACUGACUCUCCUUCCGUUCGAAGACACUCUUUGUGUCAAAGAGAGUUGCAACUUUCCACUUCUAGAAUCUAGAAAAAGUUGCUUGUCUUACACUGACUUUACUGACAGAUCUGAUACCUACAGCUCCUUAAAGGUGGUUUUCCGUACAGUCAGAGUGCAAACUGCCUACAGGUGUCUUUGUGCCUCAGACUACCGUGGGAAAGAUUGUGACACACCUUUAAACCUUUGUUAUUCAAACCCCUGUCAGAGCAAUGGCAAGUGUGUAAGCGUUGAAGCAAGUUACUCAUGUGUUUGUAAUCCUGGAAGGACAGGGGUGAACUGUGAGAUAGACAUGUCAAAGAGUAAAUGCCCCACUGAUGCAGAACCCUCGGAAAAUCAUCUGAAGUCAAACCCAUGCAGGAAUGAUGGACUCUGUAGAAAUUCUAAAGGGAGUGGCUUCUCAUGUCAGUGUCAUGAUGACGAUGCCAUUGAUGGAUCUUUGUGUGAGCUGACAACACGUAGUUUCACAAAGGGAUCUUUUAUCGCAUUUCCAGCACUGAAGCAAAGAUGGCGCCUAAAUAUCAAGUUGGAAUUUGUAACCACAGAGCACAGUGGUUUGCUUCUGUUCAAUGGCCGCUAUGAUGGUAAACAUGACUUUAUAGCUGUAGAGGUGUGGCAAGGACAAGUACGCUUUCGGUUUUCACUUUUCUCACAGACUGUUACCAUUACGUCCAAUGUGAAUGGUGGUGUCAUUGAUGGCAAAUGGCAUAAAGUGGAAGUGGCCUUUGAAAACAGGACUGGAAUUAUCAUUGUAGACGACUGCAAACUGGCAGUAGCACUGAAUUUUGGAACAAAAGCAGCGUCAUUCUCUUGUGCUGCAGCCAAGCAGCUGCAAGGAAAGGAUAAACCAGAGACAUACAGCUCACUGGAUCUCACUGGCCCACUGUUGCUUGGGGGGUUACUGCAAAUACCAGUUGACUUUCCUAUCCAGUACCAACACUUUAUCGGCUGUAUUAGAAACGUCUACAUUGAUCACAAGUUUCUAGACCUGAGCCGUCCGCUGUACAAGAAUGGAACAUCAGCAAAGUGCAAAGCCAUGGGAGAUACCUGCUCUUAUAAACCUUGCCAACGAGGCAAAUGUGCCAACAUUCUUGGAACACGGCAGUGUACAUGUCCGCCGGGUUAUGGUGGAAGUCGUUGUGAAACAGUUAUGAAAUUAACCGAGCGGUUCUUAGGCCAGAGCUAUAAACGCGUGCCUUACACAGCAACAGUUACACUUCCAUGGAGUUUCUCGUUGAGAUUCAGAACAGCGAAGCCAUCGGGCACCUUGGUUGAAACAACAUUCUCUUCCUCGUCAUCUGUGCUCAAGGUGGUCAAUGGAAAACUUAUGUACAACUACAACGAAUUACUAGUUCUGCAACUUCCUCACAUAGCCGUUAAUGACACCAGAUGGCAUCAUGUGAACAUAUUGUGGACCGACUCUUCCCUUAACAUCACAGUGGACUAUAUCUACUCAAUAGGAGUUGCCUCAUCGAACGGGAAAGAUCUUGGAAGUGUCAGCGAGUUUUUUAUUGGAGCAAGAAAGAAUUCUACAACGUCUACUGUGUAUGGGGGAUUUAGAGGCUGCAUAGAAGGUGUUUUUAUAGGCAGUAAGGAAAUCAACAUUAAUGCGGGUGUAAACCACAACACUGCACGUGGGUGUGAAACUCAGAUGCCGAGUCACUGCUUUUCCAACCCCUGUCCUAGCUACAGCACAUGCCAAGAGGAGUUUGAUUCCUAUAGGUGCGUGUGUCCCACGGGAUAUGUCGGCAAGCACUGUGUGGAUGUGUGUUCCUUGAAGCCCUGUCGGCAUGGGAGAUGUGAGAAGACCGACACACAGAGAGGAUUCCAAUGUGUUUGUCCAAAGCAGUACACGGGUGAAUUUUGUGAAGUUCGUAUGGAGAUUCCGUGUCGAGACAAGUUCUUUGGAGCUUCAAGCAUUGGAGUCUGUGGUCCGUGUCAAUGUGCGAUUGGAAUGAAUCUAAGCCCUGUUUGUAAUAAGUCCACCGGAGAAUGUUACUGCAAUCCAAAAUAUUACCGCAAGAUUGUAAGCUACAGAUACUCUGGUGGCAAGAGUACUCCAGAGUUUAGUGACGGCUGUUUCAAAUGUGAUUGUGAAGCAAUUGGUAGCACUGGCGAAUACUGUGCUGUAGAGGGUGGGCAGUGCCCUUGCCAAGAAGGUCACAGUGGAGCUAAAAAUGUUGUUGGUAGACGUUGUAAUGCGUGUGAAGACAAACAGGGCCAGAUUGUGAACGGCAGAGGAUGUGUCGUCAUAAACACGUCGUGUCCGAGGUCAUUUGCAGAGGAAAUAUGGUGGGGAAAAGCCGCAUUCGGUAAAACGGCAGAGGAAAAAUGUCCGUUUGGAUCUUCAGGAGUAGCAACUCGGGUGUGUGACAAAGACGAUGGCUGGCAGAAACCAAGCUUACUGGAAUGUGCUUCGAACUCGUUCUUAGCAUUACAGGGAAGGUUGAAAAAUCUAACAUCUGGCGUUGUAAACUGGGAGCCUGAUUUUGCCAUUGGCUUAGCGCGGAGGUUAGAUCUUGCUAUAACGUUUUCACCGCGUCUCUACGCAAAGGACAUCGACAUUGCCUUGAAGAUUAUCACAACGCUGUUUGAUUACGAGAGCAAGCAGAACUCCAGCACACUCGUCUCGGCGAGGACAAAGGAGUUUGCAAAGAUUCUUCUUCUGUCCGCCAGUAUGCUGUUUAGCUCAGACAACAAAGAUGUUUGGGAUGUUGUUCAACAACACUCUGCUGGUACUGCUGAUCUUCUAGAACAGAUGGAAAACUUCAGCGGCAACUUAGCCAGGAGUCUGCCAUACUUAAAGAGAGAUUCUCACCGGUACAGACGUUCCACCGAGAACAUCUUGCCACCUUACACGAUUAUCACACCCAACAUAGUUAUGGAGCUGCAUCCAAUUUUUGUCAAGGGAUUUUCAGGCUUGUCUUACCCAGCAAAAACUGACCUUUACAGUGACGCUCCGCACAAGAUCUGGCGCAAUAUAUCCAACAGAAUCGACCUUCCCAUUAAUUUCUUCCAAGGCGUGAAAGAUAUAGAAAAUAACAUUGGAGUCGGUUUCAUGAUAAUAAAGAACAUUGGAGACUUGCUGCCCAAGUCGUACGCUGCAAAAAUCAGCGACUCCAAGUACAACGUGGAAGUCAGCUCUGACGUCAUUUCUGUCAAGUUACCACAAAUGGACAACGUGCCUUUAACAAAUCCAAUACGCAUCGCUUUUGCCAACAGAUUGGUUAAUCGUUCAUCUUACAUCUGUGUGCAUUGGAACUAUUCAGUCCCAAACACACGUGGGGGUGGAUGGUCAAGCGACGGCUGUGAAUUGGAGACAUCCAACUUGACACACACUGUCUGCUCAUGCGCACACUUGACGGCGUUUGCUGUGUUGUCUGAUUUGAAUCUUCAGUAUCCUGAACAAGCUGCCUUCGCUAUGCGGCUGGUUACUUAUAUUGGCAUUGCAGUCUCUCUGGCCUUGCUACUCGCAGCGUUUAUCCUAUUUUUAUGCCUAAGAAAACUGAAGAGUAACUCUGUGACCAUCCACAAGAACUUGAUCGUGGCUAUUUUCAUUGCGGAGUUGACCUUCCUUAUGGGAAUAAACCGGACUGGAGAUCAGAGAAUCUGCAAGCUGAUCGCCAUUGUGCUGCACUACUUCUUCAGCGCAUCUUUUUCGUGGAUGUUCGUCGAAGGACUGCACAUGUAUCGCAGGCUCAGAGAAAAGAGAAACAUAGACACUGGCAAAAUGUCCUUCUAUUACUUCAUGGGGUGGGGAUGUCCUGCAAUUGUAGUAGGAAUUUCUGCUGGUCUGGCGAGCGAAGGUUACGGCAAUAAGAGAUUUUGUUGGAUGUCGACGGACGGAACUCUCAUCUGGACUUUCACUAUCCCGAUCAUUAUAGUUGUAACACUCAAUACACUAGUGUUUAUCAUGGCGUUGUUCAUGUCACUCACAAAGCAAACCAGAAAGAGACGCCGACAUCGUCACCAUCAUCACCAUGACGACGAACAUUCCAGCCUUACUGCUGGGUUAUGGGCUACUGCGGGACUUCUUCCUCUGAUUGGAGUUUCGUUUGCGUUCGCUAUUUUGUUGGUGAAUCAAGACCUGGAGAUGUUUCAUUAUGUAUUCGCAGCCUUCUGCUUCUCUCAGGGCCUGUUUAUAUUAGUGUUUUAUUUACUCUUGGACAAGACGGUACGCAAGGAAUUCAAGAAUGUGUACAUGCGCUGGAAGACUAAGGACAAAACAUACGGGAUACAGAAACCUGCCCAACACUUUAAACGUUCCUACCACCCUGGCGAGAUGGCGCCGCUCCGUAGCCCCUACGAAUUCGACGACGAAGGUAACGCGACCAGCACCUCUACCACAGAGCCAUCUAGCAGUGGGUUCCGCAGCAGUGUUACAAGUCGCUUCACCACCACUGAUGCCAGCGAGACGUUAGGCGAUGAAGACAGCAGUGUCCCAGAUGGCGUAUUACCGAAGGCCAAAUAUCCAGAUAAUCCUGAACUUGAACUGGCAAGAAAAAUGUGGGAGCAAACAGACAAGUCAGAGGUGAGCACGACUCAGCCAGAAUCUUCAUCUGAGGAGGAAGAAGGGCGGCCAUCUUCACCUGGCAUUCCUUCAGAUUCAUCCGAUUCUGAUGACGAACAAGCUCCGAGUGAAAAUGGAUGGCCAAAGGAUAAAACUCCAAAGAAGAAACGGAGAAAAGCUCCUUUCUACGCUUCGGACGGACCCAUGCACAGCACACCAAUGGAAACGACCCCAGAGGAGGAGCCUCCCAGGGAACCCGAAGGGGACUCGGAUUCUUCUGACACCGGAGACGAAGAAAUACCCACACUCGAGCGCAAGAAGGACCAUCCCUCGUUCAAAGCUGUCCCCGAGAUCAUACGAGACAAGGGUGUGUCCGGCUCGGCUGCCACCUCAGACACCCCGUCUGUAGAUAGCAGUUUGAAGAAGAAACCUUUGAAGUCUGCACUGAAGAAACCCAAGAAUCCUAUUCCUAUUCCUGUUAUGGAAGAGCACAUUGACGAUGAUUCACCUGAUAAAGCACUCAGCUCCUCCGAUCAUCACCAUCAUCACCACCACAGGGACAAGCAUCGACACCGUCGAGACAGGCCACGGUCCCGCGCUAGUUCGGGAUCGGGAGAUUACAAGGAGAAGAAGCGAAGGUUUAGAAAGAAGAGUUCGAAGAAGAAAGAAACCUUAGUACAGAUCGGCGGGGAGGAAUACAGAGUGAAAGUGGGCGAUGCCACAGACUUUCAAGAUUCCCAAGUCUGAGAACAGCGCGAGAGUUUUAACGACCAAAGCCUCAUGUUAGGACAAGUGUAGUCAAGGAAGAUAUCUUUCCUUCCUAUUUCUUCUCUUCCACUUAACACAAGUAGAUGUUUUGUAUUUAAAAUAUCAAAGUGUAACUCAAAAAAUGUAUUUGUUUUAACCUUUAAAUGUCAUGUACUUCUUAAUAAAACGCGUUUAAGCGUGAGAUAAUGAAUUUUUUUCAUGAACAGCAAAUAUUUUUGCUUCUUAAUGUCGGAUUUUAAAAAUCCGAUAACUUUGUACAGUUACUCUAACGUAUAGCAAGCUACGCUUUUGGCAUUUUUAAACUAUUUUUAGCCGUAGGUUUUUCUUAAUUAAGAGGCCGAUAGUUAGUUUUUAGAUAUACGAGGAAAAAAUAUUUUUUAUCGUAAUCCGAGAUAAACGCAAUAUUUUCUUACCGUGAAAUUUUAAUAGUAAUAUCUCGGAGUUUUGCAUCGUAAAUAGGAAAUAAUUUAUUAGUUCUAUAGUUACAGUUACGGGAAAAAAAAUAGAUUAGUGUAGCGCAGCUUGCCAAAAUGAAUUGACGUGAAUUAAUAAGACAGAGUGUAAGUUCUACUCUUGGUACUUAUGGGAAGGCGAGAAAAAAAAAUCCCGACGCAGUUCUUUUCUCCAUGUCAGGGUGACGAUUUUAAAGUGGACUCUUCACGUUAAUUAAAAUCAAAACAAGUCCAUUCGCAGGAACGAAGGCAAUGCCGAAAAUUUUAGUACAUCUUAGCUUAUUUAUUUCGUCUUAAAGCGUGUUUAGUUUAAGAACAGUUCCCGAAAGUAGAAAUGUACAGUUUUUGCUGGUAGAAAGUGUGAAUAAAAAAAACGCUUAUCAGCUGUA